AUCGGAACUGUCAUUGUCACGCGUUUUCCACUCAAUUUCGUUCUUUUGUACUGUUUGGAAAGGAUAAAUAACGCGUGUUUUGUAUGAUUUUGUACUAGUGCAUUUCACUCAUGAUUGUUUACUAAUAAUUUUAGCCGUGCUUUAGAUAAGAACUCUUUCAAAAUGAUGAGUGACGACGAUCGUGACAUCGAUAUUGAAAGUGAUGCUGAAAAUGACUCGGACUCUCGUUCACAUGCUAGAAACAGUGUCGGUGGAAGUGGUUAUUACUCACAGGCUGAAAAGAGAGCACACCAUAAUGCGUUAGAAAGGAAACGGAGAGACCACAUAAAAGACAGUUUUACGUCAUUAAGGGAAUCGGUACCAGCCCUCCAGAAUGAGAAAGUGGUAUGUUCAAAAAUUGCAAGUCGAGCACAAAUAUUAAAAAAGGCAGCUGAAUACAUACAGUUUAUGAGAAGGAAAAACAAUUCACACCAACAGGAUAUUGAUGACUUAAAGAGACAAAAUACAAUACUGGAGUCACAAAUACGAGCAUUAGAGAAGGCCCGACAAUCCGGCAACUACUCCGACGCUCACGAGCUAGGGCUCGGAGUCAAGUCGGAGGGCGACUCACAUGACACCGACAGCUCGGACGGCGAGGCCACAACACGCCGCGUCAAGAAACUCAAGAUCAACGGAGUCAUGUCUAGCAAUUAAGCCUGGUUGUGAGAUGAACGUCUUGGCCAAUGAUAACAGAUCACACAUAAACUGUUAAAUAAAGAAUUACUUUUCCAAUACAAUAUAUUUUUGAUACAGAUUACAUAAAUUAGGUAAAUGUCUAGAGUGUUAGUGUUUCGUCUAAAUAGUAAUUAAUAUUAAAUGUGUACACUGAAUAGAUUUACUGAGAGUAACUUCUUUUAAUCAUAUCUCUGUUGUUUUGUUUUGUAUAUAGUAAGAAAUUUUUAAACCAGAGAUUUUAAAUGUUUUAUGUACUACAAUCUACUCGAUAUUGCAUAAUGUUAAAUGUAAAAUCAUUAAUGGAAUCUAAGUUGUAAUGUAAUACAGAUAAUGUUUAAUUUUGAGUAGUCUGAUUGUAAUUGUAAUUUAUACAGUACCGCGUAUUCUUAGACAGCAUUUGGUGUCCAGACAUUUUAUGCAAUAGACAAACAGCGCUGUACCUGAGCGUAUCAAAGGUUAGGCUAACAAUUGUAUAAUGAUGUCAAUGAUAUUUGACUGUAGAAGAAUUGUUUGACGUCAUAUGAAUAAGUAAAAAGAUGUGUCUUUCGAAGUAGCGACACGCAAGGAGGUUACUAACGUCUUAACCAGCCAAGCGAAACGAAUGCAACAUCGCGUGUCGAAAACGGUUGCAUGGUUUUGUGCGAAUGUGACACACUAUAAAAAGAACAAGCUUACCAAUUAUUCGUUAUGACUUACUUGGAUAUUAAGUUCAAAUCCUAAUGAACAGUCGCCCACCUAAUUGACGUAACGUAUUUAAUAAUACAAAUCGAAUAUUACUUUACAAAAUUAUGAUAAAAACAAGCUUAACUAAGAUCUAAUUUGUAUGUGUCUGGGGCCUACUCAACCACUUAAAGUUUGCACCUGUUGGAAAGAGAUAGAAUAAUACACGGUGUAGAAAGCUUUCUCUUUUCCACAACUGCAAUAGUAAUCUUUACAAACUUUUGUUAAUUAUUCGUGUAUUAAAAGGCAGUCAUUGCUGAGAGUGAUUCAUCUUUCUAACUGUUAUGUAAGUUGUAUUAGGUAAUUAUUACAUUAAGUAAACUAUACAUUUUGAUAUCUAUACACUUCAUAUUGAAUUCUUGAAUAAAUAUUAUAAUUAUACUAACGAACGUAUCUUAAUUUCUAUUGAAAAUUGAACUUAAUAAAUGAUAUUAUUAUCAUGUUGUAUUUUUAACCCGAUUACGAACGAUGGUGGGUUAUUAAUUAUGUAUAAAUUAAAGAUACUGAAGUGUUAGUAUAGGUUAAAAACAAACGUUAAUGUAAUUUUUCACAAUCAAUGUGAAACGAACCAUUGACCUACAAAAUAAUUAAAUGAGUUAAUUACAGACACUUGUUUUGACAAUAUUAAGUGUAUAGAAAAUAAGUUUUAGUCUUCUUGAACAAUUUAUUAAGAUCAACACAAAUGCACUAUACUUUAUAAAUCGUAAAAACAUCAUUGACCCUAUAUAUUUAUAGGAAUAAUGUGCAAUAUGUGUGUUAGUUAAGGUUAUUUUUUUAUUUUUUAUGUCAUUGCAAAUAAAUGUUAGGUAUAAAUAUUUUAAGUGAUUAAAGUUAUUGUGAACCUUCGGAUAAUGUGUUUGUUCUCGAAGACUAAAUAGUUUUAACUAAAAAUAUACAUAAAUACUCUGUUAAA